AUGCCCGUGGGUGAGGCCCAGCUCCUAGGCCAACGCACGCUUGUGAGUUUGCCAGCGGAGCAUGGAGAAGCGGCCUUGGAGGAUGUUGGCUCUCUGGCGUUUAUGGCCAAGUGUCAUGAGUCGCCACCCACACACGCCGCCUCAGGCCCAGCUGAGGGUGAUCUGGUGCUAGCUUUGCAAGCUUUUCUACACACCACCCUCCCUGCCCCAGGGCUCAGAGCAUGGUGGCUUCUGACCUCAUUUCUGAGUCACAAUUUGGCCACCACCCCCAGUUCCUUUUCAGACUUUUCACCUAUUCUGUGA